AUGUCACAAGAGACUGCUCGGAUGCAAGUUCGGCCGACAAUGCUACGGAGGCUGUACCCUCACCGUGUGGGGAUUCAGGUGAACCGGGAUUGGCCAGUGGGGUGUGGACCAAACGCACGGUGGGGAGCUUCCCAAGUGCCACAAGUGCCAAGUCCCCAGGAACAGCCCAAGUGGAAGAUGGGUAGGCCGAGGAAGCACCCACUUCAUGAGCAGGAGCCGGUGGUGAACUUUCGAACGGUUUGGGAACCGGUGAGAGUGGCACAAGGUCCACGGACGUUGCUGGAAUACCACUGGGAUUUCGCUUUUGCCGCAGAGUAA